AUGGAUCCAUGCAUAUUUGUUUGGAACUGCAGGGGGGCCGGGAGUAGGAAAUUCAUCCGAGUAUUCAAGGAGUACAAGAGGAAACAUAAUCCUAACAUAGUGAUCAUAGUGGAACCUCGCGUUAGUGGGGCCACCGCGCAAAACGUCAUCAAAGAGAUGGGGUACGACAAGCAGCUAGUAGUCGAUGCUCUGGGCUUUUCCGGUGGCAUUUGGCUUCUGUGGAAUGAGGCGGAGUUUAAUAUUAGCCGGGUAGACAGCCAGGCCCAAUUCAUCCACGUGCUGGCGGCAAGAACAGGAAGACCGGAGGACAAGUGGAACCUCACGGCAGUGUAUGCUAACCCGGCACCAAUUCAACGUCGACAGCUCUGGGCGGCGCUGAGGAGAAUCUCUGAGAGCCAGGAGCUGCCGUGGAUUCUAAUGGGUGAUUUCAACUCCAUCCUUCACCCAUCGGAAAAAUUGGGGGGGGGGGGGGGCUCCCUUUGA